UUGGUCACUUCAGCCCGAGUCACCUUACAUGGACUGUCAGGAUGUCCAAGCAAUGAGGAUCAGACGAAAGAACAGGCAAAGGAGCUUAAGCAUACUCCUCCUCACCUUGAUGGACUGCGAAAUGCCUACUCUAGAUCAGUGUUCAUGUCAUUGGUCACGCGAGCAUCGCAGUUUUGCUACCUUCCAAGACGACGCGUGGAAACAAAGAGGCUUCAACAUACGAAGUGGAGGAUCGUAUGGUACUUAGUAUAUACUCGCAUCCAUUGUACUCCCUCCCAACUACACACCUCCCAGGCACAAUACAACAGGACGCAUUCCUUCCUAGGUAUCCCAGAAACGUUACUCAAUCUCCUGCUCCAAUUGCAGUUCGCCAACCCCGCACGUCUGGUAAGGCGUAGCGACCACGGCUGGGUGACGAUCACGGCUCUGGUGCACAAGUCCUCAAUAUGGAUAGCCGAAUCUGGCCAGAAACUGCCCACAAGAUGCCGAGACAGACAGAUCCUGUCCGAGGCUAUGGCUGGCCAUGGAUAUAUCUUUAUACAGGUUCGGCGUGGUUACAUUCAGCGGCGCAUAUUUUCGUGGUGCAUUCACAUUGACCCAACAACUCGGCAAAGAUGAAAGCUGCUCGAUACUACGGCAAGCGCGACAUCAGGAUUGAGACAAUCCCUGAUCCACCACCGCCGGGACCCAACGAGGUGACCAUCGACGUCUAUUGGGGCGGCAUCUGUGGUACUGAUCUCCAUGAAUACACAUCCGGCCCUUUCACAAUAAACACGCCCGAGAAGCCCCACGGUAUAACCAAAGAGCAUCUCCCCGUCACAUUCGGUCAUGAAUUCACUGGUCGGGUCUCGGCGCUGCCUUCAGGGUAUCCUGCCGACGGACCUCUCAAGCUGGGCACCCCCAUAAUGGUCGAUCCGCGCAUUCUCUGCCGGAAAUGUACCGCGUGCACGACUGGAUGUGACAACAUGUGCUCCAAUUGGGGCUACAUUGGCCUCAACGGCGGCGGAGGAGGUGGCGCGGGCUUCAGUGAGAAAGUCAACGUUGAAACGAGGAUGUGCCAUAUUCUCCCUGACGACGGCAGUGUGGAUCUGAACAGCGUUGUCCUGUGUCAACCACUAACGGUAGGGCGACAUGCGCUUUCGGCAAGUGGGAUCAAGGACUUCGCGGGGUUGAACGUCCUUGUGCUAGGAGGCGGCCCCGUGGGGUUGGCGGUAUUGCUGAAUCUGCGGGCGAAAGGGGUGGGCGCAGGUCUCAGUGGGAGGGUGCUUGUCUCCGAGCCGACGGCCAAGAGAAGUGAGAUGAUUCGAAGGCUGGGAUUGGCUGGACCCGAGGAUCUUUUGGAUCCGUUGACCUCAAGCGUGGCAGAGACAUGUAAAGCGAGGACUCAAGGGAGAGGGGUCGAUAUUGUAUUUGACUGUGCUGGUGCUGAAGCGGGCAUGCUUGCGGGCAUGGAAAGCUUGAGGCUGAAGGGAACAUACCUCAAUAUCGCCGGAUGGAAGCAGCCGUUCAAGAUCCCGAUGCAAUAUGCCUUCUACCGGGAGCUAACCAUCAAGUUCUCCAUGGGGAACAACGAUAACGAUUACCGGGAAGUUGUGGAGGACUUUGUGGCGGGGAAAUUCGCUGGUGCUGAGGCUCUGAUUACGAGGAGACUCCCGGUCGAGGAGUUGGCGGAGAAGGGCCUGGAAGAGCUGGUGAGAAACAAGGAUGACCAUGUCAAGAUUGUUGCAACGUGGAGGAAAGACCUGUUGAAUGUGUAAUCAACUUCUUCCAUCCUUUCACCAAAAAUGCCUGGCCUUCUCUGGACGUUGGCAAGCGAACAUCCCCGGCACCAGCGGCGUUAUUUGCAUAAUGCGCACGAGAAUCGCUCGGCGUUCUCCCAGUAGUACGACCCCUGGGUGUUCGCGUA